CAAGCCGUGGCCUUCUUCAAUCUCUCGUCGUCUGUCAAAGGGCUCGCAGACGUACACUCAUACUCUUAUCUACACGAAGAAAACCUGUCCGGAAGACCCACGACAGCAACACUCCGCCAUCAUGUUCAGUCUAGCAAGCUUGUAUCAGGCUCCGCCUGUGAACCCCAUCAACCGCAAAGCUCACGCCAUCCCUGCUCUUAACCCAUUCAACAUGUAUGGCAGGGUCUUCUUUUUCUCCUGGUUCGGUUUCAUGAUUGCCUUCUGGUCAUGGUACGCUUUCCCACCGUUAUUAUCGGACAUUAUUAAGAAGGAUCUCGGCCUCUCGCAGGUCCAGAUCGCAAACUCCAAUAUCAUCGCAUUGGUGGCUACGUUGCUCGUGCGUCUCGUUGCUGGAUCAUGCUGUGACCAAUUCGGACCUCGCUGGACUUUUGCAGGUUGCUUGCUCAUCGGAGCCAUUCCUACAUUCCUUGCCGGAGCCGUAUACAAUGCCUCUGGUCUCAUGGCCCUCCGCUUCUUCAUCGGCGUCCUGGGCGGAUCCUUCGUCCCUUGCCAAGUAUGGACAACUGGAUUUUUUGACAAGAACAUCGUCGGCACCGCCAACUCCCUGACCGGUGGUUUUGGCAACAUGGGCGGCGGUAUCACUUACUUUGUCAUGCCAGCCAUCUACGAGUCGCUCGUUGGUGACGGCUUGCGCGAGCACGUUGCCUGGCGUGUGGCCUUUGUCGUACCGGGCGUGCUCAUCGUCGCUACAGCCAUUGCUCUACUUGUGUUCUGCCCGGACUGUCCGACUGGCAAGUGGUCUGAACGCCAGGCGGUGGCCGAUGCCAACCUACGCGCACACAGCAUCGCGUCCGCCAACGUCAGCAUGCCCGGCAUGAUCUCAAGCACACCCGAAAGCAAGAGCGGCACGCACUCCCCGUCCGCGAUAUCCAUGCCCGACGAGAAGAAGGACAGCUCGGCCUAUGGCGAUAACGAGGCGCAAAUCGGCGAAGAGCAAAUGGUCGAGGCCGCCAAGGGCGAAGUCAUCAGAAAGCCCACGCUGCGCGACACGCUGCGGGUCGUGUGCAGCGGGUCGACGUUCGUGGUGGCAGCAUGCUACUUCUGCAGCUUUGGCGCCGAACUGGCCAUCAACAACAUCCUCGGCAACUACUACGGCAAGAACUUCCCGGCGCUCUCGCUGCAGUCGCGCGGAAACUGGGCCGCGAUGUUCGGGCUGCUGAACGGGGCGGUGCGGCCGCUGGGCGGCGUGGCAGCCGACAUAGCGUACCGCCGGUUCGGGCACUCGACGUGGGCGAAGAAGGCGCUGCUGCACGCGUACGGCGUGCUCACGGGCGUGUUUCUGAUCGCCAUUGGCGUGCUGGAUCCGCGUAGUCAGGCCACCAUGUUCGGCCUUGUGGCUGGGCUGGCGUUUUUCUUGGAGGGCGGCAACGGCCUCAACUUCUCCCUCGUGCCGCAUGUCCAUCCCCAGGCCAACGGCGCCGUGUCGGGCGUUACGGGCGCGGCGGGCAAUCUGGGCGGUAUUGUCUUUGCCAUCGUGUUUCGCUAUAAUGGGACUGGGUAUGGGCGCGUGUUUUGGAUCAUAGGCGUUGUGUCGAUUGCGGUUAAUGUGGCGGUUUCGUGGAUCAGGCCGAUUCCGAAGGGCCAGUUGGGUGGGCAUUAGUGGGUUUCUUCUGUUUUUCUUUCUUUCUUGCCAGCGGGUUUGCGGUUUUCUGUUUGCGGUUUCGUCUGGGCUCUUUGGUCUCUCACGGGUUUUGUCAAAAAAGAGACACGACGUCACGAUUGCUAUGGUAACGGAUGUAUCUAAGCAAUGAGCGAGCUGUUGCGCCAAGGGAGUUUUCUGGUCUUGAAGAAGUACGGAUCCGUACAGGGCGCUUUAUUGAUAACUUCCUACAUACCAUCUACUGCCAUUCGUACUUAUUCCACACACAAACAGAGACCCGCACCCAAUUCUUCUACAUAGCUCGCAACACUGCCCAAAACAAAUUCGAAAAAA